AUGGUGAAGUUGGGUGGUGCCACAACUGUGGCAGAGAUCUUAACAGCCGAACAUCGUCUUCAAGGUGGUGGCACGCUUUGGAGCUUGGCGGAUGUGUAUGGGAAACUCCCUCACAAUUACGACAUCUCCCAAGGAGCAGUGGUUGGAUCCUUGGAACUUCAACAUCGCCGAAAGAAACAGAGAAAGAUCUUGGAACCCAAACAAAUCUGGGUGACAGUGAUUGUGAAACAGCUGGAUGGCUCAACAGCUGACCAUACCAUGGAGGUGAUGAUGGGCAUCUUCGUUUUUGAGGUGAUGAGACGAAUUCCAGAGCUCCACCAUGUCUUUUACAAGGGCAUCUUUGAUGAUGAAGGAAAUGAAUGGAGAUUGGAUGAAAGAAUUAUGCAGAAGGUAACUUUUGUGCAAUACCACCUCCAUCAUGAAGUUUGUGCCUGGGGCAGCCGAAGCUUGGGAGAAAAGGGACUCGGAAAUGAGUGUGUUGAUCGCUGGGCCAAGAGAAUGCUUCUUGAGAUUAACCAAUUCGGAAAGAGCACAUGGGUGAAGGUCAUCGGCAACCUGCUGCAGGUAGUCUGCUGGGAUGGAUUGGACCAUCAAUCGAGACACAUGAUAUGGAGGUUUGCUGAAAAAGCUCGACAGAUCCUGGUUGUCAGAACACUGUCUGUUUCUUUCAAUGCGGAAUACUCACAGCAAAGCUCGCACACAUGUGGCACCGUAGCUCUCAUGCACCUGGGACAUGCCAUUGGAUACUGGAGGGACCGAUUGAUUCCUGGUGAAGAAGAAUGGCAUGCAUUCUUGCAGAUCAACAAUGAGGGAAGCCUUUACGGAGGUGGACGACUUCAAGGAGACGGUCAGCUCAUCAUGGAGCUUCGAGAUCUCCUACAUCAUCAUGGCGUUCCGACAGAGAAAACAGAGGAAAGAGCCAACCUGGCCAUCAAGAAGAUUGGUGAAGGUGCAAUUGAGAAAGCUCUGGGGUCUCAGCCCAAAUUCAACUAUCUCUGGGUCAAGCCGGAUGAAUUGGAGAAGCAAAUCAAGUUCAGGGCUCACUCCAAGUACAAGGCGUCGGUCUCCGAGAAGAAGAAGGACACCCAUCAGGCAAUGAGCAGCAGGGUCAAUAUGGAUCCCAAAUCCCUUGCUCUGGUGCCUGGAACCUUUGUGUCGGAAGAUGGCCGUGAACUGUCUCAACUCGAGGUGGAACAUGUAGCUGCAGACAAAUCUGGAGUAGCAUUCGGGACCCUGGAUGACGUGGGACCCUUCUUGAGAGAAGACAAGUCAAUCACAAUGGAUGCCCUGGCGAUUCUCACGGUGGCUCCUGUCCCACCUUCUAGCCAGGGACUGAUGCCGGUGGUGAACCUUCGUUUUCCGGCAACAUACAUUCCCACAAAGGAGAUCGUACUCAUUGAGGGCUCUCCGGUUCAGCUUGGAGACUGCUCGGUGAUCAGAAGGCAAGAUGCCAGUGUGGCAUCCAUGCAAACCAUUGACACCAGGACGUUCAAGCUCAUGGUCUGGAGGGAUGAGUGGAAUGGGAACUGGAGGGAGUUUACUUCCGCACCAGUCAGAAAGAUCGUUGAAACCAUGCCACGAUUGAUGUUGUGCAAAGGAGAUCGAUGUGGACCUGGGUGCAAACGCUUCCAUGCACCAGUUGACUGCGAGUUAGAUCAAGUGGUGGUUGACUUGUGGAACAGAGGCUGGUAUGGAAGCAAGGGAAAGCGCACCUCACCAGAGGAGGCAGAGCAAUUCCAGGUACAUAUGCGAAUCCCCAACAUCUGUGCAGAAGGUCUUCAGAAUCGUUCUGGCCAAGAUGGAAUCUACUUGGAACCACGGAAAGAGGACGGCAAGGGCCCAGCGGAGGACUUCACUGUCAUCUGGCUCCCUGGAGUUGAGAUGCCUGAGGCGAUGCACCGCUUGAAAGUCAGCGAUCGAGGUGUGGCUCUGGUCCGAUUUGGAUCAAGGUUUGGUAUCAGGGUGUUGGGUCGAGAUGCAGAAGCAGUGCAUAAGGAGAUCUACCCAGACAAACCCUUCCAGCAGGUUAACGUGCAGUCCAUCUACGAGAUCAGGCCAGUACCUUAUGGAGUUCAGACAGCUGGCAUCAGGGAGCUUCUGAAGCAAUGGGGUUGGAAGGCCAAGGUGCUACAGCCGUACAAGGCGGACCAACAUGGACAAGGAUGGCUGGUUGGAGCAGAAACUCCUCCCCCAAUGAACGUCUUCCAGACCAGCAAUGGGGAUGUCCUGGUAACAAUGCACAAACGCCAGAGCAUUGAGAAGGCCGAGCAGGUUAUCUUGGCACCCACGAAGACCAAGACCUUCCUCAAGAAGACGCCAGCCCGCUCAACACGAGAAGUUGAGAAUGACAAAGAGAACAUCAUGCCGUGGAAUGGACUUGACCCAUGGGGAGGGUACAACAAAUUCCCAGAUGGCCAUGAACAAGACUCCCAGAUGGCUCGUACAUCCAAGCUGGAGAGACUACAGCAUCAGGUCCAUGAGGUGGUGGAGAGCAGCCUCAAGGAUGCCACUGAGCAACGAUUCCUGAAGCUUGAGACAGGCAGGGCGCCGGGUCUCAACAGGGUGAAAUGGUGGAUGCUGAUGCUGCUUUUCUUCUUUGCAGGAGGAGUUCAUGCAGAAGCGACUGUGGACCAUAUGGGGAAUGAGAUGCAGCAUGAGGGCAGCUUCAUCUCUUUUGUUCCAGAGACAGUGGGCAUCAAGAGCGCUGGAGAUCUCAGGACCGUAGCCACGGGAAGUGAUCAAUCAGCCAUGAUCUCCCACAGUCUCACAGAUCAGUUUUUGGAGUUCCUCCGACAAAGACGUUUGGCGGUGGAAGCUGCAAACCAACUUGCAGCAGAGGAUGAUGACAUUGAGGAUGAGGAUUGGGAAGAAGAGUUCUACGGAGAUCGAGUUGAAGGUGAUGUCACCAUACUUCACGAUCGUGGAGGAGAACGGCAAUGGAGAUUCUAUCGGCCUGAUCCUUUUCGAAUUGGUCGGAGCACUACAAUUCAAGUUCACGUUCAAGCGCACCAUACGUUGGAGGAUGUGGAGUUACAAAUUGUACAGCACUGGCCAGACUUGCGCUUGCCAACAGUAAGGUGGAGACUUCUUGCCAUUCAUGAGACUAUCACUGAUUCCAUGUAUUUGGAAGAAGGAUAUGAAGCCUUCAUGGUUGAAGCCAACAGUGAUCUUCAACUGGGGCAAGUGCCUGUCAUGUUCGAGUAUCAAUUUUGGGAUUUGACGCAGAAUCGGUUCUAUGGCAUUUUAGAACCCAGAGUGCAUUCUCGACUGAUGAGAGGCAUAUCACUCAUGUUCCGAGAUGUGAGAGGCCAUGAAUGUCAUAAACGACCUUGCUUUUCCAACCUCAAUGGUAGUCCAUUGGAGGCCUUUGAGGAGUACACCGUACAGGGUGGUGAUUACAUUGUGGUCAGUGGGAUCAGCUCGGCCAGGGAGACUCUCCGCAUCAUUGGACAAGCAAAUGCUGUUCUGCUACAACGCAACAUGGUGAAGGUCUAUCAUGACUUGCAAAGAACCACGAAUGUAGUCGUGCUUCGACAAGGCACCAUCUUGAUGAUUGCACCGGCAGACGGGUAUGACCCUGCAGAAGUACAUCCAGUGCGAAUGAAUGAAGUGCAAUGGGGCACGCGGCGCAGCUUUGAGUUCCCACUUCUACUUGAAGCACUGGUGGAGUCGGAUAUGCUGGAACAUCACUGGGAUGGAAACUUUGUUGAACCGCACCACAUGAUCUAUGCGCUCACCUUGCCGGACGUGAUCUUCAAUGUGUGCCUGGGGCUCCUCUUCCAAUACGUGCCAGAUCAUCUUCAGCGGGCACUUGGUCGGGAGAUGUCAAAUGCUGGAAUUGGUUUGCUGAUCAUUCGGGAAUUGGUGCGUGCCUGGAAGUUCCGAUUGUCAAACUACAACAAAGGGUUUGGCCGCUUCCAGCAGAGGUGCCAUGGGAUGCUGUACGAUAUGAAGAGUGGAGACAGGCACAACAUCAUCUUCCAGAUGUACAAGCCUCCUGUCCUGAUCAUCGAGUACUACAAUGGGCUAGAUGGCAUGGAAGCAGAAGUCAUUGAGCACGCUUCCACAGCCGACAAAUUGCACCAGCAGCUUAUUGAGUUCUGGAAACCUCGAUGGUGGAAGGACCCCUUGCCAAAACCCGAAGAAUGGAGUAGAAUCAUCAACUUUGCCAAAGCAUAUCUGCCUCCUGGACAUCUGGAACAUGUGGACAUCUCGGUGGAAUCUUGGACCGACAUCAACCGAAGGUAUGGACCUCGUGCGGCACGUGGACCUGACGGACUUAGUCAUGCUGAUCUUCGUAAGAUGCCGUCCCAAUUCCAGGAUGAAUUGGUCAGCAUUCUGAAUCAAUGUGAAGAAGAAACGGUCUGGCCAGAGGUAUGGCGAACUGGUUUUGUACACUCCUUGGAGAAGAAGGAAGGGGCUUCCAGAGUCAACGAGUAUCGACCGGUGAUCAUCUAUUCUGUCAUCUACAGAUCCUGGGGCUCAUUGAGGGCAAAAAGGUUCUUGCAGCACCUUGCACAUCUGGUAGAUGAAAGGCAAUUGGGUUUCAUGCCGGGCAAGGAGGUUGCCGAGAUAUGGAUGCUUUUGCAAGGGCUUGUUGAACGAAGUGUCCAAGAAGGGGAAGAUCUCAUGGGCUUUGUGACGGAUAUCAAGAAAGCCUUUGAGUCAUUGCCUAGAGAUCCGAUCUUCGAGAUCGCACAUCAUCUUGGACUACCAGCCAAGACCAUGCAACUCUGGAAACACUUCUUGGACACAACAGAGAGACGGUUCUUGGUUCGUGGUGAAGUUAGUGAUGCGGUAUUUUCCAACCAUUGCUUUCCUGAAGGAUGCUCUCUGUCUUGUGUGGCGUUGUCCAUUGCUGGCCUAACGCUUCACAGUUACAUGAAUGAAUUCUCCAAACGAUGUGGAACCAUUUCAUAUGUGGACAACCUGGAACUUCUUGCACGUGCUUUGGGACCUCUUCAACAAGGGGUCCUUACCAUGCAGACGUGGACAGAGAUGUGGAAGUUGGAGUUGGACCAGGAGAAAUCCUACAUUUGGACCAGCGAGGCUGGUACUAGAAAAGAAGCCAAAAUGUUGGGGUGGAAUGUGGUCAGAUCUGCAAAAGACUUAGGAGCGCAACUGAAUUAUGGAAGAUCCAGGAGUGUUAAGUCACAGACGCAGAGAUUCACGUCCCUGGAUUCUAUUUGGCCAAAGCUUCGACGAUGCCUAGCUCCAAAUUGGCAGAAGCAGCGUCUCUUACGUCAAGCUCUAUGGCCAAAGGCGUUCUAUGGAGUCUCAAUUUGCACCAUUGGCUGGGCGCAUAUCAAGUCUUUGCGCACUGAAGCAAUGAAGGCCCUUGGAUAUCAAAUGGCAGGAGCCGCUCCGGGCCUGCGUCUUGGUCUUCUUUGUCAUGAACAAUGUGAUCCUGGGUUCUAUCAAGCGUGGCAUGUGCUGACAACUUUUCGUCGUAUUGCGAGGAAGAGACCGUCAUUUGCACAGAUGUGGAAGGACUACAUGGACCGUUUUGAUGGCGGGAUGAAGCAAGGGCCUUUUGCAAAACUAUUGGAGGUCUGUCAACAGCUUCGUUGGACCAUUGAUGCACCGAGAGUUGCUGAUGCCGAUGGCUGUUGGCAUCUUUGGCUUGAAAUGGAUGAGAAGGUGUUGUAUGAGCUGGUGAAGGAUGCCUGGACAUGGAAGGUUUUCUUGGAGGUUCAGAAGAGAAAGGAUCUUGAGGGCCUUCAGGGUAUCGACCGACGAGUCAUUCUCCAAGCACAUGCACGAGUACGUCCUCACUUCUUGCACUCUAUUUGGCGCCUCCAAGAUGGAUCCUUCGUGGAGCCCGCACAGCAUGUCAAGCAUCGACUCUAUCAACUAGCUGCUUGGGCAGUGGUCAGCGCCACAAAUGAUUGCUGUGUCGCAAAUGGAGUCUUAGGAGGUCUUGGACAAGACAAUGAUCGUGCUGAACUACGAGCGGUUAUCGCUGCAGUUCAGUAUGCCAUUGAGAUGCAGAAGAACACAGUCAUUUGGACGGAUAGCACUUUUGCAGCGGAAGGGAUGGUUCGCCUACUUCAUGAUGCAGCUGAUCUUCCAGAGGGACAUUGUGGAGAAGAUCGGGUGGAACUCCAAGGCUUGCUUUGUCAUGGUGAGGUUCAACUUCAGAUUCAUCAUGUACCUGGUCACGCCAAGUGGGUAAACCAGGACUUUGACUUUGACAAUUGGGCGGCUCGAUGGAAUGACCGAGCAGACAGAGAGGCAAACAUGGCCAUGAAGCUGCAUGGAGACGAACUACUUUGUCUUCACCGGCAACUUUGUGCACAUCAUGAACGUGAACUUUCAGAAGUAUGUGCCCUACAAGAUCUACACCUGGACAUCAUGGAGAAGACUGCGCAGGAUCAGGAUGAGGAAGAUCAGCUUGCGAGAGGGGAGGAAGGAAGCUAUGACUUGUGGGUUGGGCGUGGUUGCCCCGCUAGUCUAUCACCUUUUGCUGACCUUCCGCUAGGAGACGAUGCUCGCUUUGCGACUCUUCUGGAUUCUUUUGGGCAGGUCUUCGUGUUGAACUUUCUCCAGGGCAAGAAGUGGGUUCCUAUGCCUCAUCUACAUCGUGCCGGUUGCUGGCAGGAUCGGGAUGCGUUCAACUUCAGCGAACCCAAUUUGGGCGCACUGGAUCUCGCAGCGAUUCUCGGCACCACCGAGGUGCAUCGCCGAAAAGUGCACGCACUGGAUAUCUUCUCAGGCUUCACCCAUUCGCUGCAGGCGGAAAAGGCUUGGUACACCCAGGUUCCAAAGACUUUCCGGCAACGUCCUGUGAUCUUUAAUGGAAGACUGAAGAUGAUGAGCAAUGGCAGCAAAGAUCCGCGGGAGAAGUUUUUUCACUCGCGCUGGACUCCCUACAGCAAAAGUGACAGCGGCUUAAAAACUUGGGAAGCUAGCCGCGGCCAAGCCUGCUAUCCUUGCUUGGUGGCUGGCCGUGUUUGCCUACACAGACGACGCCACCAGAAGCAUCGUUGGGCAUGUUGCUGUUAUUCCUGCAAGCGAUAUGGCCUGGGCUUUCAGCAAUGCGCUGUGCCUAUGCUGAAGGUUCAGGCUAAGAGUGCUCCUCGAGGUGCUCCCAAGAAGGCUUGGUGCAGUUGGCUGCACGAGAUGAAGGUGAAAAGAACACAUCGAGCCAUUUCUUGCCAUAUCUGUGGUGACAUUGGACCAUUUCCCAACAGCACAGAAUGCGUGGGUUGCCAUAUCUGGGUUUGUUCCAAAAAAAGGUGCCACCGAUUUGCGCGUGUGCAGGACCACCUUCCCUAUUGGUAUUGCUGCCACUGUCUUCUCAUUCCCUUGCAAUGCACUUGCGAGUUGGGCCUAAAAGAGGCCAGCAAAAUCAUUCUGAAAACCGAGAUGUUGCACCCUCGAGUGGCAACUGUAGCGGAGGAAACGGAACCGUUGUUCCCCGCAGAGCUGAGGAAGUUGCGAUUUCAGCGGCAGCAAUCCGUCCUCAAAGGAGGUCUCGAACAGCUUGAAGCUGAACAUUGUUUCAUCGAUGAUGCGGCAAUUUGCAGACGACUCACUCUGCUUGAGUUUACGAAUCUCACGGAAUCCUUGAAGGAUUUGAAGCUGAACAUUGCAAGGACCCAUAAAAAAUUCAAGCAGAUGUUGUGCUGGAAUUGGCUCACCGAAAUCCAAAGCUUCGGCACUCCCGACAUGAUGCUGUCGUGGCUGAUUCAACAUCACAGCACCGUUGAGAAGCACAUGACCUACCGCCACAAAAACCAGGUUCCGAGACAAAUGCGAUAUGUCACCACCUAUCUGGAAGCUGAAGUUGGUGGCUGGAAGUUGCCUCUAAAAAACGAUGAUUUUAUCGAACAGGAAAGCAGAGACAAGCUCCAAGAGCGCUUGGUAAAGAAGGAGCAAGUGCCCAGACGGAAGUACCCAACUCUUUGGAGAGAAUUAAUGAACGAGAUCGCGAAAGAUCCAAAAGAAAAGGAAAAGAUGGACCAAAAGGAGAAGAUCACGAUCAGAGUCCCAUAUGGAUCGAAAAGGAAGGCUGACACGGCUGCCAGCGAAAGUGAGGGGGCGAAGUAUGACGAACCUGACACUGAAACAGAGGACGAGGCUGACAAACACAGGAGGCUUCCGAUGCAUGGGCGCAUUCCGGACAUGGUGGGAAAACCCGAGCUGCGCCACUUUCUGAUUCCGAAACCGAAGAGGAAAGCAAUGCGCAACCUAACGGAAAGCCCACCGAAAAAAGAGGAGGGUGGAAAGAAGAAAGCGAAAAAUUUCAAGCCUCCGACCGAGGAUGAUCCACCAGACGAUGCUUUUCUCCCUGUACAGAUGCCAGAUGAAAGUGGACAGGGUGAAAAACAUGGUAAAAAGAAGAAGGCCAAAAAAAAGAAGGAACAGAACGGCGAAGUCGACGAAGUCGACGAAGUCGACGAACCGUUGGGAGAUCAUAUGACGCCGUACAUUCAAGCUCUUCGCCAAGCCUUUGCCAACGGACGUCCAGAGAGCGAUGUGAUGCCGCUGGUGGAUGCCAUUCGCUACGCCUAUUUGAAUCCUCCAAUCGGCAGGAAAAGCCCGGCGUCGCCAGGUGAAGACAGCCAGGAAGAGGCUGAGAAGGACAAUCCAAAACCAGAUGCCAAAAGCAAGGUGAAGGCCAAGGCCAAGGCUAAGGCCAAGGCCAAAGCCAAGCCGAAGGCCAAGGCCAAGGCGAAGGCCAAAGCGAAAAGCUCGAGUCGGAGAUCAGCUGGCAGGGCUCGAUUUACUUUCCAAUGA